UGUGUCCUCACACACAAUAUAGCCAACAGAAAAAAAAUGGCUAAGCUUGCUUUCCCUCUCGCGGCGUUGUUCCUCGUCCUCCUCGCCGUCGCUGACGCCGGCGUCCUAUAUCUCACCGUCGUCAACAACUGCCCCUUCACCAUAUGGCCAGCCAUUCAGCCCAACGCCGGCCACCCUGUCCUCGAGCGCGGCGGCUUCGCCCUCCCCACCCUCCACCACCGCUCCUUCCUCGCCCCAGGGGCCGCAGCGCCGGCGACUCUCGCCCAGUUCGACCUCCACCACGGAGGACCCCAACGCGACUUCUGCUCCUACGGCGUCUCCCUCGUGGACGGCUUCAACGUCCCCAUGACGGUGACUCCCCACAUGGGUCGUGGCGUUUGCCCCGUCGUGGGUUGUCGGCACGACCUGUUGAGGACUUGUCCUCCGCCGCUGCAGGUUCGGUCGGGACUCAGGGGACACGUGGUGGCGUGCAAGAGCGGGUGCGAGGCGUUCCGUACGGACGAGCUGUGCUGUCGGAACCAUUACAACAGCCCGCAGACUUGUCGGCCGUCGGAGUAUUCGAGGUUCUUCAAGGAGGCUUGUCCGGCGACCUUCACUUUCGCUCAUGACAGCCCGUCUCUGAUGCACGACUGCGAGUCUCCGAACGAGCUCAAGGUCAUUUUCUGUCACUAGAAUAAAAUGACUAUUCUGCCCUUUUGUUGGCGUUAUGGUAAAAACUAUUACGCGGCUUGUGCUCUACGGUUUCAUUUGCCUAGUUUUGUAUUCGGUGUGGUUUUCAUCUUCUGUUUUUAGGGUUCAAAAAUAACAUGAAAAACGAAAAAUAUGUAAUCUGAGUAUUCAGAUUCAAGUCUUUGAAAGUUGGCUUUUUUUUAAAAAAAAAAGUUGGUAUUA